CACUCCUAGAAAAUGGGUCUUUUCUUAAUGCAAACCGAAAACGCCUGACGCCAAUUUAAUUUCUUAACAAAUAAAAAGGUUGUUGCUAAAACAAUAAGUGUAUCAAUUAUUGAAAGAGUAAAAGACACAAUAUCAUUAAACUAAUUCAACUAUAGAUAUAAACUUGAAAAAUAAGUGAAUAAUUAUUCCCCAGCGUAGUUAAUUUUUUUGGACAGAAUAAAAUCCAAAAUAACCAUAACAAAAUGGAAACGAGUCAUACGUUAGUUAAAAGGAAUACUAUCACACACGAAUGGAAAAUUCAAGAAAUGAGUUCAUUCAUUGAAGCUUCUAUUACUGCUGAAAAAACCAUUGAACUAAAAUCCUCUAAGUUCUCGACAAGAGCUAAAAUACAAGAUUUUUGGAUUCUGAAGGUACAGUUAUAUGAUGCUAAGUCAGCAAACAAAGAUGGAAUUGGCCUAUUCUUAACGUCGUUGAAUGGUAACCGCGAAGUGAAAACGGAAUUUUCAUGGUUUAUUUUGAAUAAUGAGAAAAAACAAGUAAAUAAAAGUAAACUAAUUCAAACUUACGGACUUCAUCCUGGCUGGGGUAAACUGCCAUUUAUAAUGAAAGAAGAUUUAUUAAAAAAAAAAGAUGAAUUGUUGCCGUAUGAUAUCUUAACAAUAGGUAUAGAGCUUACGGUCUUUGAUGAUCCUGUUGUGAUUUCUAACAACGUACCCUUGAAUGAAUCAAAGUUUUUUAUGGCUCAUGACUAUGAAAAGCUUUAUGAGAGUAAGAUGGGUUCUGAUGUUGAGUUGAUAGUCCAGGAAAAAAAAUUUCAGGCACACAAAGUUGUUUUGAUGGUACGCAGUCCUGUGUUUCAAGCGAUGCUGACCACCGAUAUGAGAGAAAACAGGGAAAAAACGAUCACUAUCAAAGAUAUGGAAUCUGUCGUAUUCAAGAGCAUGUUAGAAUUUAUUUACACUGAUAAAGUCAACGAUUUAGAUGAUGUUGCGGAACAAUUGCUUGAAGCUGCAGAUAAAUAUCAAAUUCACACGCUCAAAGAUAUAUGUGCAGAAUCACUUUGUAAAUCUGUGACCAUCGAUAAUGCCUCCAGAUUACUCUCUUUAGCUUAUCUGCAUAAUGCAAAAGAAAUGCUAGAGUUUAUUUUAAACUUUAUUAUAAUUAAUGCAAGCCAUGUGACAAAAACAGAAGAGUACAAGAUGAUGAUAGAAUUGCAUCCGUCCUUGGGAUCUCAUUUAUUCACUAAAUGUUCCGCUUUUUUUGAAAAUAAAUAAUUUACAACUUUUUAAAAUUUUUAUUUAAAAAUUCUUGCACGAAGAAGGAAAGUUCAUGUUAUAGGAAAAAUACAGUGAAGUUUAUGAAGAUUUGAAGUUAAUGAUAUUUUAUAAAAUUGUGUCAUACACGUUAAAACAAUGUUACUUAAUAAUUACUUAAAUUCAAAUACCUUACACUUGAUUCGAGUUACAAAGUUACUCGAAAUAAAAAAAUUUAUUCAUUUAUAUCUAUUAUAAUUACUUAGUAAAUAAAGUCGUAACCUAAAUUACAACUU